AUGCCACAAAUUAAAACCUUUCUAAUAGGGUCAGAGCUCGAAAGAGUAGAUACAGAAGAACAGGUCAUCUAUAUAAAGGGUCACUAUUUUAUUGAUCGAAAUAAGGAGGAUUACGCACAAUACGAUUCCGAUGACCAAGGCCUCCAGCUUCUAAAAGAUUCGAAGGUGGCAGAACUUCAGGAGCAAUACAAUAUAGAUGAUUCAAAACUUAGCCAUAAAGUAACAUUUAGAGUGCUACUACCGUUUUGUAUUAUAUCUGCCAUCCACUAUAUGACAAGAUUUGCCAUUGCUGUCGCCUCCCAAGUUGGACUCAAGGAAGAUUUGGGGUUGACCGACUCCCAAUAUAACCUUGCCACUGCAGUAUUUUUCAUUCCCUAUGUGAUAUUUGAGCUUCUUCUGAACCUUUUACUCAAGUACAUUCGGCCUCACUAUUUCAUGACUUUCUAUGUUUUCAUGUUGGGAGUGACAGUGCUUUGCAACGGAUUUGUCACCAGUUUUUCAGGAAUAAUCGUUUGUCGAUUUUUCACUGGUCUUUUCCAAUCAAAUUCUUCAGCCCUCUACUAUAUUUUAGCAAAUUAUUAUCCGAACCACAAAUCUCAAAAAGUUUACACCGCAUACUAUUCAUUCGGAACUGCUGGAGGGCUUCUUAGUUUCUUGUUAGUAAAAGUUGCUGACAAAAUUGACAUUUUGAGUCGCUGGAGCUGGAUAUUUAUUUUCGAAGGGAUUUUAACGAUUUUGCUUUCGAUUCCCCUUUUCUUUUUCAUCCCUGAUUUCCCCGAAGGGGCAAGGUUUCUUGAUGAUGAUGAAACCAUAUAUUUGGUAAAGAAACUAGAAGUGUACGGAGGCAAAUCAGGUUAUCAACUCCGAGUUGGAUUCAAAGAUGUUCUUGCAGUUUUAUCUGACCCGCUACUUUGGUGGGGUACCUUGGCUUAUCUUGGUGUUCUCGGAUGUUCCUAUUCUUAUGCAUACUUUGAACCUACAAUUGUCCAAGCAUUAACUGAUGAUAUACCUGGUUCAAAUAAACUUCUACUCGAAGGAAUACCGUUUGCUAUUUCCAUAAUAUUGGCCAAUAUUUUUGCAUGGUUGUCCGAUUAUGUCGAAAAACGGGCCCCAUUUGCUUUAAUUGGAGCGUUAUUGGCAUUUGCGGGUCUCAUACUAAUGGAACUGAAUCCAACUAAUAAUACCGUGAGAUACUACGGUUGUAGCAUGGCCGUGGUGGGAUUGAGCUGCACAAUUCCUGUGGUGGUUUGUUGGGUGACUAUGAACUUUGGUGGCCAUUUACGUAAAAAUGUUGCCACGGCCUGGAUGAUCAGCUUUGCUUCCACAGCAGGAAUUUUUUCCAAUUUUUUGUUUACCGAUGCUGAUGCUCCACAAUAUAGAACAGGGAUUUGGGCAAAUAUCGUUUUUUUGAGUGUUUCAUUCUUAUUUAUGAUAAUUUACAUGUUGAGCUUAUUGCAAGAGAAUAAGAAAAAGACAUCUGCCAUUUAUAGAGAGCAUUUUGAUGCUUUGAGCUCAAGAGAAAAAACAUUUUUGGGUGAUAAAAGUCCUCUGUUCAAGUAUAUGUUAUGA